AUGACCUAUAUGAACUGUGCGGGAACAGCUGCCAAACUGCGCUUCCUGCAGCGCCGCUGGCCCCGCUUCUACGUCCUGCACGCGGCCUUCACCGGAGGCAUCCAGGCGCUGUUUUGGGAAGUGAAGGAAAUAGGGAAGAUCAAGUCCAAGAUGUCCCGCCAGAGGCUGAGUUUUCACCAGCUUCCCUACAGGGAGAUGGAGAGGCUGCGACAGUUUCGCAGGGACCUGAUCAAGGCCAUUCCAAUCGGGAUUAUCGCCAUUCCGCCUUUUGCCAACUUCUUGGUUAUCUUCCUCAUCGCGGCGGGACCAUCCUCCCUCCCUCCCGCGCCGCAGCGAGCCCUGAGCCGGGUGCUGUUCCUGACUCCGCGCCUGCCGGCGCCGCUCCUGAGGAGGCGCCUGCGGAGCCACGUGCUGGAGAUCCGGCAGCUGGACCGGGCGCUGGCGCGCCUGGGAACGAGGGAGCUCUCCGAGGAGGAGCUGCGGGCGGCCUGUUACCUCCGCGGCCUGGACUCCACUCACCUGAGCGCGGGCGAGUGCCGAGUGUGGCUGGAGCAGUGGCUGGGGCUCUCCUGCAGGCUGGAGGCCUCCGAGAUUUCCCUGCUGGCCAACAGCCUCGUCCUGCUCUCGCUCAACUACCCCCGUGCCCGGCCCUGA